ACAGGGAGAAGGAGACAGGAGAUCUACGGGAGCUCAGGAGUUACCUCUCCUCCUUUUUCUCUGUUUUUUAAACCCGAACCUGUUUGCGCCUGAUUCCCCAACGACUUCUUGUUCAUCCGAACCGUCUGCGUCUGGUUUUUCUUCUCCGAGCUGUUUCUUUGUAGAACUCAACCAACACGGAAUCGAACAAGGAAGACGAUCAACGACCUUCCCUCACUUCUGCAAUCAUGAUGUCGAUGAACAGCAAACAGCCUUUCAGUAUGCACCCGAUGCUGCACGAACCCAAGUACGCUCCUCUGCACUCCAGCUCGGAGGCCAUCCGCAGGGCCUGUCUGCCCACACCGUCGCUUCAGGGCAACAUAUUCGCCGGCUUCGAUGAGACUUUGCUGCAGAGAGCCGAGGCUCUGGCCGCUGUGGACAUCGUGGCCCAGAAGAGUCACCCGUUCAAACCCGACGCGACCUACCACACCAUGACCACCAUGACCAGUAUGACCUGCACCCCGACCUCCUCCUCCGCGCACCUGCACCACCCGUCGGUGCUCACCUCCCACCACCACCCGGUGCACCACCAGCCGUCGCAGGGUCUGGAGGGCGACCUGCUGGAGCACCUCUCCCUGGGAGGCAUGGCCGGUUCGGACGUGUGCUCCUCGGCCUCGCACAACGCCCACGCCGCCCACAUGUCGGCCAUCAACCACAUGCAGCACCAUCACCACCAACAGUCCAUGAACAUGCACCCGCACGGGCUCAGCUCCCACGGCUCCCUCGGGGGCUCCGGCGGGGACGCGGAGCCCGAUCCCCGGGAGCUGGAGUCGUUCGCCGAGAGGUUCAAACAAAGGCGGAUCAAACUCGGAGUGACCCAGGCGGACGUGGGCUCGGCCCUGGCCAACCUUAAGAUCCCCGGGGUGGGGUGUCUGAGCCAGAGCACCAUCUGCAGGUUCGAGUCCCUGACCCUGUCACACAACAACAUGGUGGCGCUGAAGCCGAUCCUGGAGGCCUGGCUGGAGGAGGCGGAGCGGGCGCAGAGGGAGAAGAUGUCCAAGCCGGAGAUCUUCAACGGGGGCGACAAGAAGCGGAAACGCACGUCCAUCGCGGCCCCGGAGAAGCGCUCCCUGGAGGCGUACUUCGCCGUGCAGCCGAGGCCCUCGUCGGAGAAGAUCGCCGCGAUCGCCGAGAAAUUGGACCUGAAAAAGAACGUGGUCCGGGUUUGGUUUUGUAAUCAGAGGCAGAAGCAGAAACGAAUGAAGUUUUCUGCGACGCACUAAGAUGAGCACAGAGACAAACCAGAGACAAACCAGAGACAAACCAGAGACAAACCAGAGACAAGCUGCUGCUGUCAGAAAAAAACAAGGUACACCGUUGUGCCUUUUCAGCAGAGGCCUCACACGUUCGAAUCCCAGAGGGGCCCAUGGGUGCGCACUUAAAAUAAACACGAGUCAUUUAAUCCAGUUUAAAUCCAGAUUGGUCUCAGAUACAGUUUCUCGAUUUACUCCUCAAAAGAAAAAGCAUCCAACACGUGAGAUGCAGCAUCACCUCAUCGGCUGAUUUAUUAUUGUGUUAAAGAUAAAAAUGAUAUUUCCGGACUCACAAUGGACAGAAUGUCUCGUUGUGUCUCCACAGUGUUUGUCCACUUUGUGAAGGAGCAGCUUUCACAGCCGGGGUUUUUUUUUUUUUUUUUUUGCACCAGUGCCUGAUUUUCUUCCAGUUGUGGAAAAGAUUUCACCGAAAGUAUUCAACUUCUUCAGGCCGCAGAACAUUUCUUCUUCUGUGUCUGAGGACGUGGGACACCUGACCACCACCCUCCACUCGGCGUGUCCCCGAGCUGAGCUCCAGCCUCAUGCAGCGAAGCAACAAAACCACUGGAUUCAACGGUGUACCUGGUUUUUUUUUUUUUUUUUGAAUUGAUAAAUCUGACAGAGGAGACACAGACUCAACAUCUGGAGGAACAGUGAUGCUCCGUUCAUUCAUAUGGCAAUUAUUGUACAAAUACAUGAAGAAUAACAAUGGAGGGGAACCGAGGGAUGACUGUGAUGAUCCUCUUUAGCUUUUUUAUAUUUAUCAUUGUACAUAUCUGUGAAUACGUGGCACCUCGUGUGUGGAAAAGCUCAUUGAGAUGUAUUGAAAAUGUUCUGCUGUCUUUUCUCCAGCUGUUCGUUUGUUCCGCGGGACCGAUGGAGACACAACACACUCAAACAACAACACAACAAAAAAAAAAAAGAGAAGAAGAAGUUGUGUGGCUGAAUGACAUGAGGCACAAACAUUCAACCGUGAUCCAUUGCAUGGUUUAC